AUGAAGUUCUCCGCCACUUUCAUCUUCGCCCUGGUCGCCUCCGUCACGGCCCUGCCGACAACCGAGUCCGAAAACAGCCAACAACUCGAGGCUCGCGAGGCCGGCGCGGCGUGCCGGCUCCUGAUCACGGGCGGCAGGGCCGGCAAGGGCAAUUGCCUCGGCCGAGGCGGUCUUUGCAGGGUCGCAGACCCCGGCGUGGAGGGAGGAAUAAGGACCCAGGUGUCUAGCGAGUGCAAGGUCUAG